AUGUAUUUUGUUAAAGAGGGAUAUGGAUGGACGGAAAAUCCAGCUAAAAAGUGGCAGGGAAAUCCGGCGAAGCAACGACAAGAUACUCAUCGAUAUGUGGCUGCGUCAACUUCAGAUCUGAUCGUUUUUCUACCGAAGUCUACAGAUCCAUUCGUCCACUUUUCCGAUCACCUGUACCGGUUUUCUGUUGCAGAUCAUAAACGGGUUUUUGCUGAAGAAGGAUUGCAGCAAUGGCGCCGACAACCUUGCGGAAGGCUAUUGGAGCGGUGA